AUGACACGCGUUAAGGUCCUGUACGAUUUCAGCGGCGAACCGAACUCAUCGGAGAUCUCCAUCACGGUGGACGAAGUGCUAACCGUCACAAACACGGACGUUGGUGAAGGAUGGUGGGAGGGUAUGAAUUCUCGCGGCCAGCGCGGCCUUUUUCCUGCAGCGUACGUGGAAACAAUACCAGAGGCACCAUCGUUACCACCCGGACCGCCGAAAAUGCCACCACCACCAGCCGUUAUGACGGCACAGUCGACGGGUGUAUCCAAAUCCGGCUCGCAGCAAGCACUAGGUGGCGGCAAUCGGUACGAUCAGACGGCGGACGAUUGGGGUGAGCAGCAGGACGAUUGGGACGACGAUUGGGAUGACGAUAAUGAAACGUAUUCGGAAAUCGGACCCGGUUCUAAUGCAGCCGCCCGAUCCAACGGCCAGAACCAAACCUAUCACCAGCAGCAGCCGAGUGCAACUUCCAGCUACUAUGCAAACGCUAAUUUGCCUGCACCACCGGCAUCCGACGGUGACACUUUGUCACUUGCAUCAGUAGCGACCACGGUUGGUGGUGGCCGGACUCGCGCAACCGGUACGGGCAAAAUUUUCUCCAAAUCCGGCGACAACUAUUUGAUCGGAAUGCCGGUACCGGAUGUAUCGGAAGCUGACCGUGUGCACGUGCUGCUCAUGGAUCAUGGUAUCGUGUGGAAACCAAUGCACGACUCGUACACCGUAUCGGUCGAUUCUCCCAAAAAGGAGAAAAAGUUCAACGGUCUGAAGAGCUUCAUCGCGUAUCAGCUAACGCCGUCGUUUAACCAUAUUCCGGUUGCACGCCGUUACAAGCACUUUGACUGGCUGCAUGAGCGGUUGGUUGAGAAGUUUUGUCUCAUUCCGAUUCCGCCGCUACCGGACAAACAGAUAUCGGGCCGGUACGAUGAGGAAUUCGUCGAGCAUCGCCGGAUACAGCUGCAGGAGUUUGUCGACUGGGUGUGUCGACAUCCGGUGCUGUCGACGUGCGGUGUCUGGAUGCAUUUCCUUACCUGCACAGAUGAGAAAAAAUGGAAGACGGGCAAACGAACGGCUGAGAAAGAUCCACUAGUCGGAACGAUGUUCUGUGCGUCCGUGUUUCCGCCGGAAAAGACGCUAUUGCAAUCGCUGGUCGAACCACAGGUAGAAUCUGCCGGACAGUUUGUGCCGCAGAUGGAUGCGGCUGUGAAGACACUGUUUGCGAUCUGUGGCGACCAGUCGAAAAAGUUUCAGGUCCAAUGGAAGAAGGAGUACCAGCGCAUUGGUGAAGGAUUUUCCGAGCUUGCCCGAGCGCUCGCGGUGGAUGAACGACGCUCCGCUACGCAGAUCAGUAUGUCGAGUUCGGUCGGGCAGGCGGCUGGUGUGUUUAUUAGCAUCGGGCAACUGUUCGGCGAGCAGCCAAAGCAUGACUUUAUACCAUUCUCGGAUAGGCUACACAUUUACCGCGGUCUGUUAGCUGGGUGGCCCGAUACACUCGGAGAGUACCGGAACGCUGUCCAGAAGCGUAAGGAUUGCGAGCGUUUAACAGCGGAACAGAAGAUGGAGAAUGUACAGAUGCAGGAGGUGACCCGUCGCGUUGACGUGAUGUCGUAUGCAUUGCUAGCCGAGAUGUCGCACUUCCGGGAGGAACGCGAUACUCACCUGAAGGAUACGAUACGCAACUUUAUUGGGGCACAGAUUGAAUUUUAUAAAUCGAUCGUGCAAAAGCUCGAACAGGCGCAAACACACUUCUAA